UGAUGUCGCAAAGAGUCCAAAGGGAUGAAAGGCACUUAAGCAGAUGGGUUGGUUUUCGGCAUGUGCUGGCGCUUAAGUACUCAAGUCGGCAAGAUCCGACCCAGUAACGGCAAAACUUCUGUCGGGAGUUUCUGACGUCCGCGGCGUCCAAUGGAUGGAGAUGAGCUCUCGGACCGGCUCUGCGUUCUCGGCGAUCAGGACGUGAUGGGCGACGCGCCCGCCUUCGACCUCCCGGCGUCCCAAAGUCUCCCAUCGCCGCGCGACCCGGCAGGCGAGAGCGUCUACGCGGAGCUCCGGACCGUGGAGGGCGAGGUGGACGGCUCGGGGGUCUGGUUCCCCGUCGGGAAGAUGUCGGAGGUUCCCGCGCCGAUGAUGGCGAUGACUCCCGCUUUAGAGCCGCCAUGCGGUCCCGGUUUCAUGAUGCCUUACAGCCACGGCCUGUCUCUCCCCUACGACUGGUCGGCAAGUCCCUUUCAUUCUGACCUGUGUGAAGAGCCACCAGCGGCAACGAUGCAACCCGAGGGUGUCAGCUUGAGUACGAUUGGACACAUGAAAAGUCAUGUUGCGCAAAGAAAUCACUUUCCUUGUGUUGCUGCCCAAUCACCAAACUCAUCCAGGUCAAAGAAAGGCGAGGACCACCGGGACGAAAAGAAAAGUGAAAAGUACAUCAAGAAGCCGCUAAACGCCUUCAUGCUGUUCCGGCAGGAGCAAAGGCCCAGAGUUGUCGCUCUGUUCAACAUUCGCAACAGCGCCGAUGUCAACAAAGUGGUGGGACAGAUGUGGAAGUCGCUGUCAAAAACGGAGCAGAGGAAGUACUUUGAGCUUGCCGACGCCGCAAAACUCCUCCACACCCAGCAGCAUCCCGACUGGUCCUGCACUGAAAAUUAUGGUAAAAAGCGAAAGAGGCAAAGGGUGAAAGUUAACUGCAACAGUCAAGAGGACUCUUGCCAGGGCAAGAGGCCAGACCUCGAGUCGGUCGAGACUCGUGCAACAAAGGAUGAUGUUCAUCAGAAGGCGGCCAUGUCCCAAAAGCAACUGCGAGUGAUGCUGGAGUUCAUGCUUUAACCAAACCACCUGGUCUCCUAAGUUCUUGUUUCUUACAACUUCAAUAAAACUAUUUGAGCUGCG